ACAUCUAUCGUCGCAUUCAUGGCCCAUUACAGAGCCUCAGAGUCGAAGAGAGAACAAUUUAGAAGAUAUCUGGAGAAGUCUGGAGUCCUUGACACUAUAACAAGUGUUUUAGUGGCACUUUAUGAAGAGACUGAUAAGCCGAAUAAUGCACUGGAUUUCAUAAAGCUUCACCUUGGAGCAUCUGGUCCAGAGCCUGCAGACGCCGAGGCUCUUCGCAUGGAGCUGUCUGAUCUACAGCAGAAGUGCAACCUGCUCAUGGAGGAGAACAAAGAGCUGAGAAACAGGCUGAUGCAGUACGAACCAUCGCCUGAGGAGGGAGCAGCGGAGUAGAAGGGAGCCGUUUGUCAUUACUGUCAGAAAACAAACAAACAUUUUUUGUAGAGUAUGUAAAUCUUUAUUACAUAGUAAUGGAAGUACAGUGAGCACAAAAUCACUGUUAAUUUUUGUUAUAUAACAAGAAGCAUCGUUUGCUUUCUCACAAAUAAACUUUUUUUCUAAACUUACAAUUGUUCCUCUGUUUUCAACCAAAA